UUCUGCAGUUAAAAUUAAUCAUGGAACAUUUUAGUAUAAAUUAAUGUUUGUUAGUGUUUUUCUAGUCUGUACAUCCACAAUGAAUUGUUAAUUUCGUGUUCAAUUAGAUUAUAUUUAACUAAUGCAGCAAGUUGUGAGUUGGGACCCGACCUAAACGUCACAAAUUCUCCGAUAACCAAAUCAAGCGCCGUCUCCUCCCUCAACAGAUCCAAUUUUCCCCCGCACUCGGGAUUCAAAGCCAGCAAUUGCAUCUAUGGAGCUCAAUCACCCACCCACGCGAUACGCGGUGGUCACCGGAGCAAACAAGGGCAUUGGUUUCGAGACAGUCCGGCAGCUGGCGGCGGCCGGCGUCACCGUGGUUUUGACGGCCAGAAAUGAGAAGCGGGGCGUGGAAGCCGUCAACCUGCUGCACCAAUCGGGUCUCUCCAAUGUACUAUUCCAUCAGCUUGACGUACAAGAUGCCCACAGCAUACACUGCCUCGCCCAAUUCAUCCAAACGCGAUUCCAAAGCCUCGAUAUUUUGGUUAACAAUGCUGGAGCUUCUGGGGUACAUGUUGAUGAAGAUGGCUUAAGGGCUAAAAAUAUUGACACCGAAAUAUGGCUCGCAGGAAAGGCAGUGGACAUGAUUCAAGACGUUAUGAAAACCACCUAUGACUCGGCAAAACAAUGCAUUCAGACCAAUUACUAUGGCGUCAAGAACCUAACCGAGGCGCUUCUUCCUUUGCUGCAGCGCUCCACCUCAGGAGCCCGGAUCGUCAAUGUUACUUCCCUGAGGGGAGAACUAUGGCGCGUCCCUGAUGAGCGGAGAAGGGAAGAACUCGGAGAUGUAGAGAACCUAACGGAGGAGAAAAUCGACAAAAUCCUGGAACAGUUUCUGCAGGAUGUGCAACGAGAUGCGAUUGAAGCCAACGGAUGGCAGAAGAUGCUACCGGCUUACAGCAUAUCAAAGGUAACCCUAAAUGCCUAUACCAGACUUGUUGCUAAGAAGCAUCUGAAUAUGUAUGUAAACUGUGUGCACCCGGGAUACGUGGACACCGAUAUCAACUGGCACACGGGGCCAAUGACCGUGGAAGACGGGGCUCGAGGCUCCGUCAUGCUGGCUCUACUACCCGACGGAGGUCCUACCGGAUGCUACUUCGACCAAACAAAUGUUGCUCACUUCUGAUCAUUACUCCUCUGACUUGAGAAGGAUAUUAUUGAUCACUCUUACUUGCAAUUCAUAUCGUAGCAUAUUUGAAGCCCCCCUUGUUGUCGUUCUUGUGAAAUAUCAUGUCAAACUUAUUUAGGAUGUUGGGAUGUUGUCCAGCUAAUAAUAAUAAACCAGAUACAACUUAUAUUUAAUUCAAAGACAAGCAAAAGCUCUUAGUUUUU